AUGGAGACGGAGCGCGGCGUGUCCGACGGUCCGACGACGCGGCAGAGGAAGCCCGAAUUGCUGGACGGAGGACUCGCAGGUGCCAAGGGAGGAAGGAUCAUAAAAAUAGGCACAACUCGCCGUCUCGCCAGCAGUGCCCAGCACAGGGGCGAGCACAGGCCGGCGUGGGCGCGCCGCGGCCAAUCACGGAAGCCCGCUGCCGCUGAGCCUGCAGCGUCGCUCCCACCGGCCCACCCCACUGUUCCCGACGGUUCCAGCUUGCUUCACCCGCCGCUAGGUGGCUUGCUUGGGCCACCCUUGGCUUGGGCCAGCGCUGUGCCUUCUCUGUUCGUCGACGUCGGCCGAGGAUACAAGGUGCCCACCGCCGACCAGCCCCCGGUCCAAGCCAGUCCCAUUCCACCCUCUCCUCUCCUCCGUCUCCUCUCCUCUCCUCAGCUCCCCCUAGACCUGCCCGCUGGCUCCUCGGAACACCUCCAGACCGCCUUGGCCGAUUCCUCUUCCUCUCCCGCACACCAACAUCACCUCGCAUCGCCAGAUACCCGAGCCGCUUCCAUCGCCCGACGCCGUCCCCGUCUCACCUCUCGAUCCUCUCUCCCACCACCUCGGACGCUCUCUGCGGCUCGCACCCAACCGCCGACGCGAGGACGCCGUCCCCCUCGAGCCGACGACGCCGCCGAGCCGAACGAGGCAGGGCACGGUGCGACCGACCGACGACCUCCUCCUACGUUUCGAACCACCCUCCAGCGCACGCGGCUGUGA